CCAGAACAUCACCAACAUAAACAGCCAAGCGGCGGUCUCAGUCGUCAACGUCUUCCCCCCACAUACAAACGCCAGGCUUAGCCGGAGUCCGCACUUGGGUCCAUUCCGCACUCGUGUCGUCGCUUCUCCUAUAUUAACAGUGUGGGAAAUCCUACCAACGACAUAACAUACAGUUGCCGCCCCAGAUGAAGACGGAUAAGGCCAGCCACUCGGGCCGCAAGAAGAAGACGGACAAGUUUGACGAAGUGGACAAGAGGAUACAGAUCCCCAUGGCCACGCGCAUGAAGAUGCAGAUGAACCUCAAGAUGAACGCCAAUAAUAACACCAGCAGCUCGUCCAGCGAGGACACGCGUCUGCUGCGCACUGGUAUCGACCAGUACCGCACUCUACAGCACCUCAACACAACGACCAACACUCGGAGGUCUCGGGGCUCGGCCGAGCGCGCUGCUGAGCGCGGAGUCACCCUCAUGGAGCGUAAACAGUUCGGAGCCGCCAUCCCGCACUUCACUGAGGCGCUGGAGACGCUCUCGUCCUCUUCCGCAGACUUAAGCACCAAGAGCAGCACCGUGAAGCUCUAUCAUCAACGCGGACUCUGCUAUCUGGCCUCAAAGAAGUACAAACCGGCCAUUGAGGACCUCUCACGUGUCAUGCAGAUGACGCCAAAGAGUUCCGAGCUUUAUGCUAAGCGAGGCAAGGCCUACGCAGCGCUGGGAGAGCACCACGCCGCCAUGCUCGACUACAACCAGGCUAUCAGUCUUGCAGCAACUCAAGGGUUACUUAACGAUCGUGGGGGGAUGGAAAUGGUGAGUGAUGGUCUCUCUUCAAGUGCCAGUUUAGUGCAAUUGCGGGGCUUGUAUUUGGCACGAGCGAAGGUCUACAAGGCCAUGAAUAAUAUUACGCAUGCACUGGAGGAUCUGAGCCACGCAGAGAACUCUGCAGGCGGCCAUAGAGACCUUGAACUGUUCUACGAGCGAGCACAGCUGUAUCUGCAGUGUCAUCAGGACCCUCUGGCACUGCGGGACUUUGACAGGUUUAUCGAAUUACAGGAGGAAGCAGAGGAGAGUCGACACUUUGAUGCUUCAGGAGGAGUAGGUGGUCUCGCGGGUUUUGUGGCGCCUCAGGAGAUGGAAGCGGAGCCCAGGGCUCGUAUGCUGGACGUGCUGCUGGAGAGAGCCAAGUUAUUGCAGAGAAUGGCGUUGGAAGAGGACGCACGGGAGCGGAAAGACGCGGAACUAGCAGCAGUGGAGCAGGGACAGGUUAAGAGGAGUCCGAAGACUGGUAAAAAUGGGUCUAAACUGGCGUAUACUUCAGUCCCGCCCAAGCCAGAACCGUAUCGAGGGAUCGAGUCUCGAAGACUGGAGAAACGAGCGUUACAGGACUAUUCCAGAGCGUUAGAGUUGGAUCCAAAUAAUGUCGAGACGCUGCGGUUAAGAGGGGAGUCGUUUAUGCAUCUAGCACGGUAUGAUGACGCGCUGGCGGACUUUGCAGCUGCUUUGGAGGUGGAUCCGCAUGACUUUCAGGUGUCUAUGGCUCGUGCGAGAUUGUAUCGACAACGUGGAGAUCUCAAAGGUGCGGUGGCUGAAGUGACCGCUGUGCUGCGUGUCAAUGGGUUUUUCAUCAACGGGUUGAAGUUGAGAGCGCAACUCUACGAGGAACUGGGGGCGAUUAAAGAAGCGGAGCAGGACUACUCGUCUAUUAUUCACGCUCACUUUGAUAAACCUGGAGUGGAUGAAAGUUCUGGGAAGGUUACGAUGGAGCUCGCGUCAGGUGGCACUGUGAAUAUUGGGCAGGGAAAAGGGAAGAGUGGGAAGGCUGGAGGAACUGGGAAGAUCACGAGUGAAUUGGCGGCACAAGCUCUGCUGUGUCGCGCGCGGUUACGACUGGCUAACGACCAGUUUGACGCAGCAGAGGAGGAUUAUAAUGAGAUCCUGAAAUCGUUUGCUAACAAUAUGGAAGCGCAGUUGGAAUUGCAGGAGACUCGUGAGCGUAAAGCUGCGUUCGAAGAGAGGAAACAGCGUGAAGCUUUGGCGUGGCUGGAGCGAAAUGCAGACGAUAUGGACGGUGCUGGAGUGUUGAAUACCAAUGGAAACGUGUCAUCAAGCAAGAACAAGAAGAAAAAAAAGAAGAAAAAGAAAAAACCAAAUAGUGUCUCUGCAAAUGAUAAGCCUCCAGCUGGCUAUGUGUUGCUGGAGGAUGAAGAGGAGCUGGAGAGAGAAGAGCAGCAGCGAAUACAGCAACGAGAACAGGAACAGAAACUGAAGCAGAAAAAGGAAAAAGCUGAAAAGAAGGACCGGAAAAAGGAAAAAUCGAGUCCAACUGAAGUUCUAGAACAGGAACAGGAGAACAGAAGUGCUGAGACCGAAAAGCCUGAGGAUUCUGAGAUGGUAAAGCAACAAAAUACUGAGUCAGAAGCAGAGAAGCAGUCGGAGGAAAACGUGUCGGUUGAUAACAGCGAUACAGAGGCUGUCCCAAGCGAAGCUCAGCAAGCAAGUGACAGUGUCGAGAUGGUAAGCGAGGAGAAGGCGCCUGUAGUUGCAACUACUCCGCCUCCUGUCGUUGUGGCCAACGUUAUGACCCGCGAUGAAGCGUGGGAAAGCAUGUGGGACGAGGAGGCUGACGAGCCAUUGGAAGCUGGAGCAGUUAGGAUACAGAUCCAAGCGCACUCUAACGAUGUUGAAGACCAGGCGGACAAUACAGACGACAUUUCUCUUCCCGAGCACGAGAAAAACUCAAGUGUGGAAGACGAGGACCAGGCAUCUACUUCUGUAGAGAUCACUCCGAGUAACGGUGAUGAAGAUGCUAACGACGAGGCUUCAGGUAGUAGUGAGGAUGGGAAGGACACACACGGUAAAGCCAAGGCAGUGCUGAUGGACGAGAAGUAUUUAAAGAAGCGCGAAAGGCAGCUGAAGAAGCUGCGUGCAAGUCUUCAACAUGCAUCGGACGAGCGUGACAAGAACGCAAUUGACGAGGCACUAGCUCGUGCUGAACGUAAGCAGAUGAGUAGCGCUCUACAGGACGAUAUUCAACGUGCUCGCGACGUGCUGGCUGACAUGGCAGAAAUGCAACGGUUGCGUGAUUUGUCGCCUCUUUCUGAAGCUUCGAGUUCAACUCCAAGCGCUGAGCACGGACGUAAACAUCUACACUCCGUGACGCCCACUGCAUCACCAUCGAGCACUAGUUCAGGCAUCUCGAAGCCUCCGUCACUCGUGAUUCGACCUAUCGCGUAUGGCCAGGCAUUACAAGCUGCCGAGCAACAUCAGCAGCAAUUGAGGGCACAUCAGAAGCUGCUGAAGGAGAAGGACGCCGAGAUCGCCAAGCUCAAGAUGCUGUUAGCACAGCAGGAGAAAGAGCCGCAAGAAGACGCAAGGAGUAUUGAAGCUCGCGCUCAAGCCAAGGCAGCAGCGCUUGCACGUCGAGUUUCUCGCUUGCGGUCUCACUUUCCAGUGCAGAGUGCAGCUGCACGUCAGGCCGAAACAUUGAUUGAGUGGAUGGGGCCGAGCGUUCCUGCAGACCGCGUGCGUCAACAGGUUCUGUCCUUUGUACAGCGGAUAAUUACCGCUCACUUCCCUCUUGCAGCAGCACCGCUCUUCUUCGCCACUGGUUCGUACCCCAUGAAAACGUAUCUGCCAGGUUCAGACCUGGACAUUUGUUUACUGAUACCGCAGGGACUGGAGUCUUCGUGGUACUACAUUGUGACGCAGGCGUUGUGUGUCGCUGGAGGGAGCGGCGGUGCAGGUACAGUGCUGGAUCUAGGAAACCCGACCAGUUCGGAUGGUAGCGGUAGCAGCUCACCUUCCGGUCCUGCAGCUGUGGGGAGUAGCGGUGGCCCGCUAUUGUUGACGAAUACCGUUCGCAACGUGACUUUUAUUAACGCCGACGUUCGAGUGGUCAAGUGUACAGUGGACAACAUUCCUGUGGACUUCACAGCCAACCGAGUAGGAGCGCUAGGCGCUGUGCGAUUGCUGGAUGCCAUGGCGGCUCGUGUGGGACGACAGCACUUGUUCAAGAAGAGCCUCAUCCUCAUCAAGGCCUGGUGCACACAUGAGUCGAGUCCUUUCAUGCAAACAGCGUCGACCGAAGCUGGCGGGUUGAUUCCUGGAAGUACACCGACAAGCGUCAUGGGCGCGAGCCAUGGAGCUCUCUCGACGUACGCGGUAAAUACGAUCGUGAUGGCUCUGUUCAACCAGCACGGCGACGCUCUCACCCACCCGCUACAGGCGUUGUAUUUGUUCUUGGAUCGACUGGCUGAGUUCCCGUGGCACGAGUCUGCGUUGACACUGCAUGGCCCUGUACCGUUGAGUCGUCUGGCGACUACACCGUUGAAUGGAGCCACGACGUACAAAUCCAAGCUGAAAGCGGCGAAGCUGGACGUCGGUGACGUUGAAGCGAUUCGUGACACGUUGGCGGAUCAGUUUGGAGCGUUUGAUGCGGCUUUGAAGAGCAACAAAGGAACACCGACUGGUUUGUUCCCUAUCCGGGCAUGUAACAUUGUGGAUCCGCUUGAUGACAAGAACAACUUGGCGCGUAGUGUAUCGGCUGAAGGAUUUCCCGUUAUGAAGCGUGCGUUCCGACUCGCGAGAGACCAGCUGGCAUUGAUGCUUGCACCGCGAUCGUCACUCAAAGAUGACGACACUGAGUUGUUGAGUGACGAGACGAGUAAAGAUGUGGGGUUGACGUUCUUCUCGCGGUGUUGGCAGCUGUACGGACGUGGAGACGGAUGGAGACCAGAUCUGCUGAUUCACCCACGACAGAUCUGGCACGGGAAGCCAGCGUCAACGUCUAGUUCGGGAUCAACGAAGAAGAACAAGGCAUCGCCGCGACCUCAACCUGCUUUGGUGGUUAAUAGUGACGAGGACGAAGACCGUCGAUGGGAAUCGUUGCUGCCGUCGCUGGAUGCUGGUGCGGUCAACGCGCUGUUACUUCAGCAUCAGCAACUACAGCAACAAGCAGCAGCGGCGGCAGCAUAUCACGGCACCAUGAUAGCAUACCAGCAGCCGUACUAUGGUCCUCUACAACAACAUGGACCUCCGAUGAGUUCUCCCGGCUCGGCUUCUGCUGUUUCGGUUGUCAUGACGAACGGAGCUACCACUGGCCCGACAGCAGCAACAACCGAGCAAAUUUCAUACUACCAGACACAGCGUCGUCCGUACGGGAGUCCAGGGGGACAACGCAGUAAGUCGCCACCACCGGCAAGAAAUAUCGGACCGCAGAACGGGAAAACGAUGCCCAUGGGAACUCGGAAGUUCGACUCGACUUCGCCGCAGCGCACGUAAAGUAAAAUAUAUAGACAACGUAGGAACUGUAGCAGAGAGAUGCAGCUUGAGCGUGCUCUUUCGCCCUAUUUAUUCCAACUUUAGAGCUUUUAGAGCUCGGCUUUUGUCCACCAGAUUGCCUUUGUCCUUGUUUAAGCAAAAAUAACCGUAAAAUACUUCCGU